CACUAUCCAAAUUGACCUUUCGCGUGGAUGAGGGUUGAGUAGGGUCCAAGUUUGGUGAGAGAUUGCAUUUAUUAAUGGAUUGGUUUUCGCGAAGUUGAAAUUGCUUGCAAAAAAUAAACCCAGAGUCGGAGACCAUUACCGUAAUUAUUGUCGAUCUGUUCCCGUGUUGCCUCCUCCCUAAUCCCAAGCCCCAUCUACGGCUUGGAGUUUGAUUGCUUGUUUUAUUUCAGAUAGAUCUGGGACGCACUUCUUUUGAAGAGGAAAAGAGGACUAAAGAAGCUUCAGCCAGCUACUACCCGAACGUUUUGAUAGAUCGACUGUCCAUCCGUUUCUUUCGGGUAGCAGCAGUAGUACAAGAACAAGAAACGAGUGAAAGAAAUGGCAGAGGACAAAGGCAUAGCAGAAGGUGAAAAGAAUGAACAAAGAUUAAUUGAUAAAAAGAAGCGCAAGGGUAUUAUGUCUCGUAUCUGGAAUGGCAUUUUUAGAUUCCAUGGGGACGAUUUUGAAAAGAGACUGCAAAACAUUUCCAAGGAAGAAGCUGCUGUUUUAUCUAGGAUGAAAAGGAGAUCCCUUACUUGGAGGAAGAUGACCAGGAAUCUCAUUAUUUUCUCCAUCAUUUUUGAGGUAAUUGCAGUGGGUUAUGCUAUAAUGACGACUAGAUCAAUGGAUUUGAAUUGGAAGAUGAGGGCAUUUCGAGUUUUGCCAAUGUUUCUUUUGCCUGGUUUAUCGUCCCUUGCUUAUUCAGCAUUUGUGAGCUUCACAAGGAUUUGUGAUCGCAAGGAUCAGAAAACUCUAGAAAGGCUUCGAGCUGAGAGGCAAGCAAAAAUUGAUGAGCUUAAAGAGAAGACAAAUUACUACACAACGCAGCAACUCAUUCAGUUUAAACCCGGGUCCAUGCAGAGAUAUGAUCCUGAUCCAGCAGCAAAGGCAGCUGCUGCCACUGUCCUCGCGUCUAAGUUGGGUUCUGAUUCUGGCUUGAAAGUGUCUGUGGAAGAUGAAGCUAAGCUUAACAUUCCAACUGGGAAGAGUAAUGAUGUUGAGCUUGUGCAAGCUAGUAGCCUUAGAAAUAGAAAGCAAGUACACGCUAGAUCCAGUAGUGCAGGGAGUGCUCCAGUGCUUCAUCCUAACGAAGAAAUGCUAUGCUCUGCACAAAGUGAAGGUCUUCAAACUUCUGAGCAUAAUCAGCUUGUCGUUGAGCAUCACAAUCCACAGGCUUCUACCAUGCACGAUGGGGGAUGGAUUGCUCGAUUGGCAGCAUUACUUGUCGGUGAAGACCCUACACAAUCUUAUGCACUGAUAUGUGGAAACUGCCAUAUGCACAAUGGGCUCGCCAGGAAGGAGGAUUUCCCGUACAUUAUUUACUACUGCCCCCACUGUCAUGCCCUGAAUCAGCCAAAACAAUCAAAAGACCGUGUUACUGGAUUUAAUUCCCCGAAUUUGGGCAAUUUGAAGGCUGGAGACAAUGUUGAAGCAGUCAACAAUGCCAGCAACUCCCAGAGUGACAGCAUUCUCCCUAGCAGCAGCCCUGUCAGAGCUGGUUCAGAGAAUGAGGAAGUAAUUGAAAGGCAAGCAUCAGGGGAAUUGGCUAGUUAACAUUGGACUUCCGUGAUUACUGGUGAUAGGCCUUUCAACUGAUCUAUAGGGUGUGGGUUGACAAUGAGGGAUGGAUUUGCAUUAGUUUUGCUUCGCGUGUUCUUGUAACAAGGUGUGCAUGAGAUUUGGCGGUGUUUGCUUUGUACUUUAUACUGAUACAUGUAGAUGAUGUCUCAAUUGUAAUGGGGGAAUUGUUCAUUUCGUCCGAUGGAAUUUUUCUCUUAUGGCAA